GUUCACGACGUUCGUGUUGCAAAGCAAACGUCAACAAUUCGUUGCAAAUAAGAAUUCAUUUCAUUUUAUAUUUACAAGUGCUGCGUUUUUAUUAAUCUUUAGUGUCCGUUUUUGUUUUGAUGUAAAAUGAAUAGAACAGAAGGUUUGGUACAACGUAAACACGUUGCAAAAGACAAUAAUUCAGAUGGUAAUUUGAAGGAAAACCACGACAUCGAUGAUAAGAAAAGUGAUAAAAGCUAUGAUGACGGAGAUUCAAAAGAAACAAGAUUGACAUUAAUGGAAGAAGUAUUACUUUUAGGAUUAAAGGAUAAAGAGGGUUACACAUCAUUUUGGAAUGACUGCAUAUCGAGUGGCCUGAGAGGAUGCAUUCUUAUCGAACUGGGCUUAAGAGGUCGAGUAGAGUUGGAAAGGGCUGGUAUGAGGAGAAAGGGACUGCUGUCUAGGAAAGUCAUUGUAAAAUCAGAUACCCCUACAGGAGAUGUCUUGUUGGAUGAAGCUUUAAAACACAUGAAAGAAACUGAUCCACCAGAAUCUGUACAAAGCUGGAUAGAAUAUCUUAGCGGUGAAACAUGGAAUCCUAUGAAACUUAAAUACCAAUUAAAAAAUGUCCGUGAAAGGCUGGCUAAGAAUUUAGUAGAAAAGGGUGUUUUGACAACUGAGAAACAAAACUUUUUGCUCUUCGAUAUGACCACACAUCCACUGACGGACAAUGUAGUGAAAUGCCGUUUAGUCAAAAAGGUGCAAGAGGCCGCGCUCCGGCGCUCAGUUACAGACGUCGCGCACGCUGACAAGCGAUCGCUGGCUCUGCUGAUGCUUGCACACUCUGCCGACGUGCUAGAAAAUGCGUUCGCGCCGCUCUCCGAUGAAGACUAUGAGCUCGCCACACGCCGCGUGCGCACACUUCUAGACCUCGACUUUGAAGCCGAAGCCAUGCGCCCUGAGGCCUGCGAGAUCAUGUGGGCCGUCUUCGCCGCUUCACGAAAUAGCGAUUGUUAAUAGAGGCACUGGAAUUGGGUUUGAAAGACCAUUAGUGUAUGGUGCCGGUGUUUUAUAACGGUACCGAUUACAUUUAAAAAACUAUACUGGUUUAAAUAUAAAGGUAUCGGUAUAAAAUGACGCUACCGCUGUUUUUGACAGGAACACCUAAACCAUUAUACAGAACACCUAAACCAUUAUACAGGUAUUCAACCGGUAGUAUUUCAAUACCAAAAUCUUUAAUUGUAGCCUCGUUUGGCGUUGUUAUUCGAUGGCAAUAAUGUAAUCAAUUUAGUAAAGACACCGCGCUAGAAAACCUUGGAUAUAAGUAAAAUACCGUUUGGAAAGUCGCCAUGGAUGUCUGUAUUUAUAUGAGUUUCAGGGAGUUUAGAUUUCAAAAAUGAUGACGCUUUUGGAAUCCAAGAUGGCGGCCAUGCAUUUACUCACAUAUGUAUAAAUAUGACAAUGACAAAAUACAUCCUGUACUUGAGUCAAUUUGGAUCAGAUAAUAGUUAAUAUUUGGCCGCCAGCGCCGUCUUGGGUUCUAAAAAGGUCAUAGUUUAAAAAAAACUGCACUCCCUUAAAACCCUUAAAGUACCUACAUCUGUGACUUUUGUGACAAAAUGCACGGCCGCCGUCUUGGAUUCCAAAGUCAUUAUCAUAGUCAAAAUUUUGAUAAAUGUAGCUGAUGAUAACUUUACUAUGACCGGCAAUAACAUCGUACAAAAAGGAGGCUGCAUAAAUGUUUGACUUGGCUCUUAUGGCUCUAGAAAUAACACUGUGCCAGAUAUUUUUGCAUCUUUCUUUUUGUGCGAUAUUGUUACCGGUAAGUCGGAAAUGAGCCAUGGCUAAUGAAAUCCACACAUAGUCGUAGGUUAAAUAACGCUAUUGACGUUUGCCAUCAGAAAGAAAAAACAAAUGAAGUUGAGAUACCGAAAAAAAUAACGGUACCAUAUAAUCCACCACCGUAAUAAUAUUUUCCCUACCGAAAUUAAUCGGUAAGAGCUGAUACCGGUACCAUUGAAUACUCAUAUUUUUGGUUAUAUAGUUCCUGUCAUAAACUGUUAGCGCGUACCGAUUAUAUCGUUAUCGCUCACUCCUGGUAAGGAACUUCCGUUGAAAUUAUCAUCGAAAUUAUCAACUGAAAAGCAACUUAAUACAAAUUCCGUAAUGUAAUAUGCAAUGCGAUCCAAGGAAAUUAUUAAUUUUAUGAGAGGUUCCCCGUCGGUUUUCUAAUCGAAAUUAUAACUUGUUUAUAUGGAAAGGAGAGAGUUGCUAAUAUGUCCUGGGUUUUGUAUGUCAAAUAAAAGCCAGUAUUGCUUAAGUUUGAGCUGUUCAGAUUCUUGACAAAGGAUGUCCCAACUUCCUGAUUUAAAAUAUUCCUCUGACAUAUGCAUAUUGGAGUUUUUGCACAAUUUUUCAUAAUUUUUGAUAUGUCAGAUUACUACUUAUUAAUCUUAUUGUGUAUUAGAUUUUUGUAUGUAUUUUGUAAAGUGUAACCCAGUUAAAUAUAAUGUUAUUUUAAUGUACCCAAGUAGAUUAAUUAUGUGCUGAUGGUAUUACUUAAAUAGAACGAAUUCAAGUUUUCGGUGAAAUUUGAUUGAGAUCUUUUGGUACAUUAAAAUGUUUAAAAUAAGUUAAAGAUUUUGUGUAUUUUUAUAUAUGAAUAUUGUUCCAAGUGUGUCCGAAUUUGUAGUAUUUCUUCCUGUCUUUAUUAUUUACUAGAGACUAUGGUUCAUUUUAGAAAUAGGAACGCUUGCCUUGCUGUAUUUAAUUGUAUCUAUAAAUAUCAGAGUAGUUAAGUUUUGUAGCUCUAAACACUUAGUAUCAGGUAUGAAUAUCCCUUUAUCCACAUUAAAUUUAUUAGUUAUUACAACUACAUAGUUUACGUCGCGCAUAGUACUUUCCAUCUGUUCUCUGUUUUGCAAUACUAUGGAGUUUCGAUAGAUUUAUUUGUAUGAAUAUUGAUUUUAAGUAACUUAAUGGGUGAUGUUCGUGUCACAAUCCAACAUUAUUGUGAUUUAUGUAAAUGCACAGUGGCUCAGCAAAAAUAUGAUCCUGAUAAGAGUUACGACAUGAUAUGAGAAAAUGAUUUUAGUGUCACUAUAUUACAAGAACAGGCUAUGUAGCAUGGUGAAGCUUAUAAGGGGGUGAAUCCACGUAAAAGUAACGUGAGUCACGACUUCAUCGAGUGUUUAUUUGAACUACAGCUGCAAAUGAAAGGGUCUUUGCAUGUAUCGGGAAAGUAACACGUAUUUAGAGAUAGAUUAUCACUUGAACUUGCAUCGUGAAUAAUUGGAGCACGCCAUAAAAUCGUGACUCGUGUUACUCUUGCCGCGGAUUGACCCAAUGCAGUAUUAACUUUCAUGCAAGUCUUUAUGUCGGAGUCGUAUUUUACGCACUGAGGAGAGGCAUAAACUCGACCAUGCUAUCACUGCAGGUGCUCUAGGUUAGGUACGUAUUGUGUGGUUUGUGUCGACUAAAACAUUCGAUGUUCGAGGCAGCAGCACUACUUCACCUCAUUGCUUUUGUAAUAGAUACCAGACUUACAAAAAGUUUACGAAAACGUAGACCGUCUAUUUGAAGGACUCGUGUGUCAUGAAUCAUUGAGUCGAUACCUAGUUAUUAAGUAGCUUAAAUUUAAAUCGUGGUGUAAGAUAAGUUUUCUUUUAUUUAUCAUUUGUUCGAAACACGUUAUAUGUUGGGGCAUUGUUUUAAUAAAUUAUAUUUGUACAUAAAUAGUCUAUGAAAAUAACAAAAUUAUUGAAAUAAAUCGAAAACAAAAUUCAACAUUGAAGAAGUGUGUAAAAAAUAGCUAUAAAAUGUAUCAUAAAAUUCAUACAUGUAAUGGUAUUAAAAUUAUUGAAAUAUAUUCCUUAGUACCUAUUAA